AUGACAAAAUUUGGUAUUUUUAUUAUAUCAAUUAUAUUACAAACAUUUUUUAUUUUAUUAUUAUCACAACAAAAUUUAAAUACAAAUCAACAAUCUGGUACUAUAUUUACAGGUACUGGUUCAAAUGUUUAUUAUGGAGUAAAUCUAGUACCAUUUGGUCCUGAUGUUGGAGAUCUUGAAGUUGCACCUGGUUUCUUAACCUCUGGACAGACAAUUGAUUUACAUAUGUUUUUUCCAUUUUAUGGAGGACUUUAUAAUUAUACAACAAUUUCUGUUAAUGGAUAUAUAUCAUUUGCCACUGUUCUUGAUCAAGGUCCAACAAUAAAUGUUGGUCCUGAUUCAACUGAUUGGCCUAGAGUUCAGGAUCCAGCUAUGAUAGCUCCAUGGUUAUGUAAACAACAAAUAACUCAAGAUGUUAUACCAGGUCUAAAAGCUGGUGUUUUUUUUAGACUUAUUUUAAGACAAUCACUUUUUGGACAACAAUCAGGUUCUAAUAUUAAUGAAAAUAGUCAGCUUGGUGCAUCAUCAUUUUUUUCACAAUCUUCUACUGAAGCAUGUAAAAAUUUACCUGGUGAAUAUGUACGUUGUGAUGAAAAUAGUGAUCUAUUUCUUGAUUAUAUGCAAAGACAAAUUCAAUUAGGUGUAGCUGGUGGAAAUACUUUUCGUCCUGAUGGUGCUUUAAUAGUAACUUGGUAUAAUACAGGAUCAGCUAUAUCUGGAAGAUCAGACUUAGAUUCAGGACAAUUAGCUACUUAUCAAGCUAUAUGGCUUACUGAUUCAGCAGCAAGAUUAUCAUAUGUAAUAUUUAAUUAUGAUAAAUUAGGUUUCGAUGCUGAUGAUUUUAGACAAAAUUCAAGAUCUGGUAGAUGUAGAGCAAUUUUUAAUGGUGGAAAUCAUACAGGAUUAGUUGAUGUUGAUCCAACAGAAGCAUAUAAAAGUUCACCUAAAAUUUUAGCUCAAAGAUCUGGUGUUCCACAUAUUGUUAGAGGAAGAUAUAUGUUUCGUGUUGAUGAUGUUGUUAGACCAGCUGGAUGUUCUAAUAAAACUGGUGGUACAUAUCCAAUGUUAAUAUAUCCAAAUAUAAUAAAUAUGUUAGGUGAAAUAACAAUAGAUAUUAAUGCUAUGUGUCUUGAUAGAAAAACUUCAUAUAUUUUAAUGAUAGAAAGAAGACAAAUAGCUCCAUGUGUUGUUAUAAAUGCAGCUAUAGCUAGAUGUACAUUACCUAAAAUAUAUGAUUGGGGUACAAAAACAUUAUAUUUUCAACCACAAACAGGAAAUGUUAAUGAUGAUAAAGCAUUUGUUGGUUAUGCAUAUUUUGUACCACCAACACUUGAUCCAUUGAGACUUGAUAUAGGAUAUAUAUAUAAAUGGUUUAAAAAUCCUAUUGCAGAAAGUGUUAUGCCUAUAUCAUGGUAUCCAAGAAAUUUUACAAAUCCUGAUAUUAAAAUAAUGACAAGUGAUAUUAAUUUAAGUGAUGAAACUGUAUAUUCAACAACUCUUGGAUUAUAUGUUAUUGGUUAUAAAGAAGCUGCUGAUGAAAAUUUAAAAAAAUUUAAUCCUCAACAUAGAGUUUUAUGUAGACUUGCUACAUAUUCUAAUAGAGCUGAUAGUAGUUAUUCAUAUCAACCACAAGAAGAAACAAUUAAUAUUAAUCAAGUACAAGAAUGGUAUUUAACAGAUUGGGAAAGAAAUAAUUUAUUAUAUUCUUAUCGUUUUGGAUAUUUAAAAUUAGCACCUGUUAGUGGAACAGAACAAUAUGGUAAUGAACCUAAAUUAUUAUCAGGAUUAGUAUCAUCACCAAUUUCAUUACAUUGGUUAUGGACACCAGAAAAUCAAGCAUAUGGUUUAACAUCAUUUUCUAGAGAACAAAUAGAGGAAAGAAAACAAUUUGUUAUUGAGAAAGCUACACAAAUGUGUCAUGAUUGGUAUGAUGAAGAUGGUGCAUUGACAAAUUUUAUUAAAGAUACAGAAACAAAUCAUUCAUGUCCAUGUAUAGAAUCUCAAGCAAAAUUAGAUAUUGGUAGAUUUAUGCCACAUCCACGAUGUUCACAAGAAUUUCGUGAUAUAACAUGUACUGAAAUGAUUGGUUCAGAAAAUUGUUAUAUGUCAGCACAAAAUGUUUAUGCAUCUUAUAUGGGAAAAGAUGAUAGAAAAUAUAAUGAAAAUGAUUCAAGAUAUUUUCAAAAUAUUAAUAAAAGAACAAAUAGAUAUGAAACAACAUAUGGACAGGUUUGUUGUUAUGAUCAACAAGGAUUUUUAAUGCAAACACCUUAUCAACCUGUUGUUAGAGUAAUUGAAGAUAUUUUUUAUAAUCCUGGUUUUCCUAAUAGAGCUUAUGAAUUUGGUUCAAAUCCAUAUUUAGGACAAUUUGAAGUACCAGGUCUAUCUGUUUUUCAUCAUGAUUUAAUGCCAUAUUAUUUAUGUUGUAAAUUUGCUAAAUUUAGAUGUCAAAUGUUUUAUUGGAGAAGACCAUCUUCAGCAUGCCAAGCUUACCAACCACCAGCUGUUGGUAGAAGUAUAGGUGGUGGUUCUUGGUAUACAUUAGAUAAUCAAAAAUUUAUUUUUAAUGAACCUGGAGUUUUUAAUUUAUUAUAUAUACCUAAAACAGAAACAUCACCUGAAGUAAAAAUUCAAGUAAGAACUGAAAGAUAUCCAAAUAGAAAAGUUGAUUGGUCAUUAUUAGGACAUUAUUUAACUCAAGCUGAUUUGGUACAACCUACAAAUAUAACUGUUAUUACUGGUAUUGCUAUGGAAGCAUCUGGUACUGAUAGAAUUGUUGUAACAGCAAGAGGUGAUACAAGAAGAUUUAGAUAUAGAACAAAUAUAUUUGUUAAAAAUAUUUUAAGAUAUUUUGAUCAUAUGAAAUUACAAAGAUUUGAAGGAGUUUUAGUUUAUGUUAAUAAUGUUAUUAGAGGUAUUCCUGAUAUUUAUGUUGUUCUUGAAGAGGCUGAAAUUGGUGUUAGAAUUAAAGAAUCUUAUUCAUUAGAUAUUGAUAGAUUAUCAAUGUUUCAAGAAUCAAUGGGACUUCUUGAUAUUGAAGUAUCAGUACCACCAAGAUAUGGUGUAUCACCAGAUGGAACAGAAGUUUUAACACAAGCUUUAAGAGAUAUUUAUAAUAUUCCAACUGUAUCAGGAUUAUUAAGACCAUUUCCAGAACAAACUUCAACAUCUUUUUAUUCAGAUAUAACAAUAAAUGAUGUAAAUUCAGAUACUUAUAGAUCACAAAUAAUAAAUAAUUAUAAAAUUCCUGGUACUGGUGGAACAACAGAUCAACAAACUAUAUCAGGUACACUUAAUAGAUUAUCUCCAACUGAUAAUAUGUUUACUUCAUCUAGAGAUGAAGAUAGUAAAUUUGAGGUAUUUCCAGAGGUUUCUAUGAAAAAUACUCCAAUAUAUAAAGUAGCACCAAAAUAUGAAACUGGUAUUAAUAAAUUUGUUCCAAUGACAGGAACAAAUCUUCAACAAUUAAUACAAAAUUGUAUUGAUAUGACAAGUAAUUAUAUUAUUAAUCAACAACCAUUAGCAUCAUCAUUAACAUUUAGUUAUGGAAGAAAAUUUUGUCCUGAUAAUCCAGAAGCUAUAAUAAGUGAAUGUGGUGAUAAUAUACCAUGUAAAUUUGAUUGGACAAUGUUUAAUUCAAAAAUUAUUGGUCUUAAUUCAGAGGAAGGAUGGGGUACUUUUGUAUCUGAUCGAAGUAAUGUAAUAAGAGCAUAUAAUAGUUGUGGAGCAAUAAAUAUAGAAUAUCCUGAAUAUAUGACAAAAACUCCAUCAUUUGGUUCAGGAUAUCUUCAAGGAGAUACAAUUAAAUUUGAUUGUGAUCAAACUCAUUGGAUUAAAGGUGAAUCUGAAUAUAAAUGUUCAUUAGUUGUAGAUUAUGAAGAUCCAUCAAGAUACAGAUAUGAAUGGAAUAAAGGAGGUCAACCUUGGUGUAGACCUAAAGAAAAGGAUAAUUAUCUUCAAUGGUUAACAGCUAUAUUUAGUAGUUUAGCUAUAAUAUUAACUAUUUGUGCUAUAUUUUUAAUAUGUUGGUGUUAUAAAAAGAAGCGUCAAUCAAAAUAUGAAAAAGAAACAGAAUAUGUAAAAAGUAAUGAUGGUACAAUUACACCACCAUACAAAGAAAAGGGUGUAAGAAAUGAUGGUUUUGAUUCAGAAGUUGAUGAAAUUAAUCUUAAAGAAUUAAAAUCAAGAUCUGGUUCACCAUAUGGUGGUCUUAGAAGUGGUGAUAUUAGAUCAAGAAUUGGUAGAGUUCCUUCUACUAGUGGUAGUGAAUAUCGGCAACAACCAGAAAUACUAGGUUUCAAUACUAGUGAAGAUGCAGAAAAUGUUUUACAAAAAGAAAAAGAACCAAUGGUGGCUGUUCCAUAUGAAAUACCAGGUCCUCAAGAACCAUUACCAGGACGAUCACAUUAUACAAAUUAUUUUCCAUUAUAUCCUUUUCAAAAUGCUUAUAUUGGUGGUAUUGAAUUGGAUCCAUCAAUAACUAGACAUAUUGGUGGUGAUAUGAAUAUUCCUAUACCAUCAUGGGGUGUACUUGAUAUUAAUGGUGAUUAUAUGUUUAGAAUAAGAGAAACUGUAUAUAAGUAUGGUUAUAAUGCUCAUCCUGUUAAUAUGUUAGGUCUUCAAAAGAAUGAUUUAAUUAGACUAAUGAAUUCACCAUCAUUUCAUCAUAACAGACAAAUACAUCCAACACUUCCUUUGGUAAAAUUACCAAGAAGUUAUGUUCCAAUGAGUUGUAAACCACCUUUGUGUAAUCCAUUUACCUAUAAUUAUGGUAUUGGUUUUGAAAGUGAUUUAGGUGGUAUGGAUGGCGUUCAAGGAAAUAUUGAUAUUCCAUUACCAGUUUCAAAAGAUGUUGCUUAUAGAUAUCCUUUAAGUGGAAAUAUUUAUUAUGCUUUAGAUAAUAUAACUCUUACAUGGGCUCAUGAAUUAUCACCUAUUGAUCCAUAUCAAAUUUUAUUUGAUACUCCAACAAUUGAUGAAUCAACAAAAUAUAAUAGUUUUUUUGAUUAUAAAAAUGAAGUAAAAAAAAGAAAAGGCACGUUGAUGAUAUAUAUUAUCCUAAUGAAAUUAAAUUAUUUAACCGAAUAA